UUUCGAGAGAGAGAGAGAGAGAUAGAAAGAGGGAGGGGAGAGAAAGAUGUCGAAGAAGAAAGUGAGCGGGAACACCAUGACGCUCAAGGACUUUCACGGCGGUUCUAUUCCCUCCGAUCUCCCUCUCCCUUCUGCUCCCGGUGUAAUUGUUAGGCAUACGGAUCGUCCAAGUUACGACCGGCCGGCCGCUUGGGGAAACCCGAUCGGACGGCCCGAUCACCGUUCCCGGCCACAUACGUCGCCCGCCACCAGGCACUUUGAUGAUAAGACUCCCUUCCUGACGCACUCUGUGCACAUUGGCCGGAACUUUGAUGAGGAUGAGCGGAAGCCUCUGGAUGGGGUGUCGGCACCCCGCCGGACUAUUAGUGAUGACAGCAUUCAGGUGGCCCCAGCCGGUGCCGAGCCGAAGCCGGUGUUUGCUUCCCCCGGGGGAGUAUCGGGCGUGCAGGGAUGGGCUCCGGCGCCGCAAUCCCCCAGGGGAGGAGUGAGUUCUUACUCGGAGAGGGUUAGGGAGGUGCAGGGGGUUAAUUCUGGUAAUGGUGGACGUGGCGGUGUUAGUGGUGCUCAGCCUAAUGCGUGGGCAGUGAGGAAGGAGAUGGCAGGUGUGACUGAGCCGGCGCCACCUGUAUGGUCCGGACAGAGUGCUGUUGUGAAGUUGGCUCAUGCUAGUGCACUCGAGAAGGUGUCUUCUGGUAGAUGGCAAUCGAAGUCUUCCAUCCAGUAUCAGACAAAUAAUAUUGAGGUUGUUAGGUCAGCUGAUACAGAGAGUGGUGUACAUUCCAGGGGUUAUGGUAGUGACUCUUACAAGAGGAUGGAUGUGAUGGUUGAGUGCCAGAACUAUGAUGCCACCUUGGCAAGACAAGCUGAAAGAGGUCUACAAAUUGAUGAUGGUAUUCAUAAUGUUAGGAAAGAGUUGCCGGAGGAUUACGAGAGGGCUAGGGGGCCCAUCCUUUCAGAAGUAAAAGAAAGGAACCCAAUGGUUAGGAAGGAGUUACCUGAUUAUGAGAGGGGCAGGAUCCCCAUUGUUGCAGAAGUAAGAGAAAGGAAGCCAACUGUGUAUAGUAACAGGGUUCAACCCACUCAGGCUGAUGGUAGAUAUGGUCAGACAGAAGUACAGCCCUUUGCUUCUUCAGAAUCCAUAGAGCGCCCUAAGUUAAAGUUACUGCCAAGAACAAGGCCGGUGGGCCAUUUGGAAGCUCCAGUUAGUGAUCAUGCACAGGGGUACCAGCACCCUGUUCAAGUUGAAACUGUCAAUGAAGUGUAUGGAAAUAUGAAUUCUACAAAUCCUGGUUCAGCUGGCUCUGAGACUGGGAAACUGGCCGUGGAGCGUCCAAAAUUGAAUUUAAAGCCCCGGUCUCAGCCUCUUGAACAAUUGGAUAUAAUUGCUGAAAGAGAGAGGAAUGCGUUGUUUGGUGGUGCUCGCCCUCGAGAACUGGUUCUGAAGGCGCGAGGAGUUGACGAUGUUGUGAUUAAUAAUUCUGACGUGGUUCAACAGUCUAACAAGGUUGAAAAUUGUGUUCCCAGGGUUGAAAAUCAUGUUCCAAGGGCUGACCAUCAUGUUCUGAGGGCUGAACAUAACUCUCCAAAGCCUGAUAGAGUUCCCGGGAAUGCAAAUCCGACUCGCCACCCUGACAAAGCUGAUAAUCAUCCUUUCGAUCAGAGGACCGGAAAGAAAUUUGAUAGGAGGGAUAACCAAGUUGAGAGGGUUGAUAUGCAGAAGAGGAACUGGCGCAAUGAUGGGAGGAAGAACAACAAAGAGAUUGAUAGGCAGCCGCAACAGUCAGAGAGGCCACCAUCACCGGAGACCUGGCGGAAGCCUGAACAGCCAAAACCGUCAUCUCCUGAUGGUGCUGGCCUGCACCAUGGAAAAGCAGCUUCAGCUCUUGAGCUUGCGCAAGCAUUUUCAAGAUCAGUCUCAGAUCCAAAAUUAAACGAUCGGAUUUCGGGCCAAAGGGGCAUUCCUACCCGCGGUCAAAUACCUUUUUCACGGCUGAUGGGGCCAACCCCGAGGCCUCAGAUAAAUGGUUACUAAGAUAUGCAUGAUUUCCAUGGCCUUCUGGCAUCAUUUUGCGGUAUACAGAUUCAUAGUUUUACGGGCGAUUUUGUUCAGUUGAAGUAGCUGGAUAGAAGAAAGCAUGCUGAUAAACUGCAUUCUCUAGCGACUGAGUGCCUCCACCAGUUUCCAGUUUCAUCUGAAUGAAUACUGUCAUACAAAACUUAUUGUAAUCUUCUAGCCUGAGUGAUGUCUCAGCCCUUCAACCCUCAUCUUAUCUAUGUUGUUCCUUGAAUCAUUUUAUCUUUUAUCUUUUUCGGGGUUCAAUUGUCACCAUUGUCUACUGUAUUUGCUCUCACCUUAAGUGGAAGAAGUGCUCUAUUUACCUAUUUUUAAAGAAUGAGGCCACAGUGUACGUAGCAAGAGUUAAAUUGUAGAUUUAUUUUGUUUCAAGAGUCUUCUUUUAUUUGAAGGUGUGGAAAUAUUAUGGUU